UACAGAAAUAGAAUUUUUUAAUCAAACUUUUAUUACGUGGCAUAAAUUCAUAUUCACGCCUGAUUCUGAAUGCGUUGACCUUUGUGACCCUUGUGACCUCUCCUCUCACUCAUACUGAUGGUGUCGCCUCGUUCUUCUUCUUGGCCCAGUUUCACAUGUUUCCUGUCAUAUUAAAGGUCACAACAUCAUCAGCAACAUCACUACAGAUCCUGGCCAAACCAAAAAUAAAUAAUACAUCUGGCAACCUGUUACUGGGCCUGCCUGCCUGUCGUCACCACAGCCCUCAGCCAAUCCUUUAGAGGGGGGGCGUGGCCUGUGCUCGGUGCGUGCCUGCUCCCUGCUCCUUGUGUAUAUUCUGAAUGAAACAGCAUUUGCCUGCAUGCCUUGCUGCACUAUGCUGCGCUCUGUGCUCUGACUGUGGAGAGUGAGGGGAAUUCUGACCUGACAGCAGUUGGGAGUCCCUCUCUGCAGUACUGGGGACACCUAUGGGAGAAGGUGGCAGUUUGCUUUGCAUCGAGACAAGGUCGGUCAAGCAAGUGAUGGCUGGAGCAGGAGAAGGAGCCCAAGACCAGCAGUCGGAGCUGCACUUUUCAGUCCAUCUGAAUCUUUCAUGAGAGAGAUCCUCCAACAUCACGCCGCCUUAAUGGACUGAGUACAAAAGCAGGUACUGAGUUGUGCAUUAAGAAGGCAGGAGUGUGUCUCACAGCCUGAGGAACACAGGAGCGAGGAGCGAGAGAGAGAGAGAGAGAGAGAGAGAGAGAGGCACCAGUGUUUGUACUCCUCAAAGACACCAGGAACCAGGAGGCAGAUGGAGAAGGAGCCGCAGUGAGGAGGAGGAAUUCAGCCUUGUGAGUAGCUCCGGUCACAGAACUAUCAGGAGAUUAUGGUGUGGAGCUGAAGAAGGGGGCAUGACUGCCGGCUGGAGAAUUCCUAAAGCUCUAAAGAAGGAGAGAAACUCGACACGUGUUCAUUUAUGUUUGUAAGGCGGCCGUAAACAAGAACUUCUUUGUUUUGGGAUCAAGCAAAGGAAGGUCAUAAAUUGUCCGUCUGCGGUGGCACCACAGAGAAACAGAGUCUGUCCCUCGGACCUGAAGCCGACCUGCAGGCAUGUCCUCCAACGAGCUGAGCGUGGACAUGGACUCCUGCAUACGGACGUUCAAGGAGCACAUGCACCUGGAGCUGGAGCCUCCCAAGGUACCAGGGGUGAUGGGAGGAAAGAGAGGAGCCACCUCGCCCAAACUCUCCCCCAGGAGCUCCCCUCGACUCUUCCGCCGACUGAUGGUAAACAAGAACAUCAGACAGAGGCGGCGCUUCACCGUGGCUCAUACCUGUUUUGAUGUGGAGAAUGGCCCCUCCAGCUGCAGCCCGCUGGACCCUCAGGCCUCUCCAGGCUCCGGUCUGGUCCUUCACUCCAACUUUCCAAGUCACAACCAGCGUCGGGAGUCCUUCCUGUACCGCUCCGACAGUGACUAUGAUCUGUCACCCAAGUCCAUGUCACGGAACUCCUCCAUCGCCUCUGAACUACAUGGAGACGACCUGAUCGUAACACCUUUUGCUCAGGUUCUGGCCAGCCUUCGCAGUGUACGGAAUAAUUUCACUGUAUUGACCAAUGUCCAGUGUGCCUCCAGCAAGAGGUCUCCUGCAACAACGACUCAACCGCCAAUCACCAGAGUUUGUCUCCCAGAUGAGGCCUACCAGAAGCUGGCCACGGAGACGAUGGAGGAGCUGGACUGGUGUCUGGACCAGCUGGAGACCAUCCAGACCUACCGCUCUGUCAGUGACAUGGCCUCCAACAAGUUCAAGAGAAUGUUGAAUCGGGAGCUGACGCACCUAUCAGAGAUGAGUCGCUCUGGGAAUCAGGUUUCCGAAUUCAUCUCCAACACCUUCCUAGACAAACAAAAUGAGGUGGAGAUCCCGUCGCCGAUGUCCAAGACGCGGGAGAAGAAGAAGCAGCAGAAGCAGCAGCUGAUGACACAGAUCAGCGGGGUCAAGAAGGUCUCCCACGGGCCCUCUCUCUCCAGCAGCAGCAUUUCUCGCUUCGGUGUCAAGACUGAUAAGGAGGAGCUGCUGUCAAAGGAGCUGGAGGACCUGAACAAGUGGGGCCUGAACAUCUUCACCGUCUCAGAGUUCUCCAACCACAGGCCGCUAACCUGCAUCAUGUAUGCCAUCUUCCAGGAGCGGGAUCUGUUAAAGACAUUCAAAAUCCCAGUGGACACAUUCGUGGCCUACAUGAUGACGUUGGAAGACCAUUAUCAUUCAGACGUGGCCUAUCAUAACAGCCUGCACGCUGCAGACGUGGCCCAGUCCACACACAUCCUCCUUUCCACCCCGGCCUUGGAUGCGGUCUUCACAGAUCUGGAGAUCCUCGCUGCCAUCUUUGCCGCAGCCAUCCACGAUGUUGACCAUCCUGGAGUAUCAAACCAGUUCCUAAUCAACACCAACUCUGAGCUGGCGUUGAUGUACAACGAUGAAUCCGUGCUGGAGAACCAUCACCUGGCUGUGGGAUUCAAGCUGCUGCAGGAAGACAACUGCGACAUCUUCCAGAACCUCACCAAAAAACAGAGGCAGUCGUUGCGCAAGAUGGUCAUUGACAUGGUUUUGGCCACUGACAUGUCCAAACACAUGAGUCUACUGGCCGAUUUGAAGACCAUGGUGGAGACCAAGAAGGUGACCAGCUCUGGGGUGCUUUUGCUGGACAACUACACAGACAGGAUACAGGUGCUGCGUAACAUGGUCCACUGUGCCGACCUGAGUAACCCCACCAAGUCCCUGGAGCUGUACCGUCAGUGGACGGACAGGAUAAUGGAUGAGUUCUUCCAUCAGGGAGACAGAGAGAGGGAGAGGGGGAUGGAGAUCAGCCCCAUGUGUGACAAACACACAGCCUCAGUGGAGAAAAGUCAGGUGGGCUUCAUCGACUACAUCGUCCACCCUCUUUGGGAGACUUGGGCUGAUCUGGUCCACCCAGAUGCCCAGGACAUUUUGGACACUCUGGAGGACAACAGGAACUGGUACCAGAGCAUGAUUCCUCAGAGUCCUUCUCCUCCCUUCUAUGACCAGGGCACACACGGACAAAGCGGAGGCACGGGUGGUCAGGGAGGAGGGGAGAAAUUCCAGUUUGAGCUGACGCUUGAGGAAGAGGACUUGGAUGGAAUAGAGAAAGAUGGCGAAGUAGACGAGGCGGAAGCUGAAGAUGAGGAAUUAGAAGAGGAGGAGGAUGAGGAGGAGGAGGAGGAGGAUGACAGUGGAGAAGAUAGAGAGUCUCCUCCCGUGGACUACUUGGACUCUCAGGAUCCUGAGCAGGAUGGGAUGAUGGAGGAGCCCACCACAGCAAUAGAAAUUGUGACACACGAAGCCUCGCCCACAGAUACAUAGGGGCGUGCGUCAUCAGCCUUUACUCGGUGAUGGUGAAGUGUUUUUGGAAAAAGAGGUGACAUCCUCUUGAAGUCGGCUUUUUGAAAAGCCCUGAGAGGCAAAAGGCUUAGUUUUUCGUCCCCCCACGUGGGGGCAUCUUGCACUUGGCAGUUUGAAGCCAGUCGAGGACGGACAGUUUCAGUGAGGUGGCUUCAGAGUUCUCAGGAAAUACAUGCUGCGAACAUUUAAGUCUUUGACGGAGAGAUGAGACUGGGAAUGGAACCUGAAGGAUUUGUUUGGCCAGUUUGGAAAAUGGAGACUUUUGUUUUCAGGACUGGCAUUAAAAAUGGACAUUGACACUACUGAGAGAAGUUUUGUACCUUAAAAGACUUUUUUUUACCGAAAAAUCUAGAAGUAGCAUAGAUUAAGAUCUACUGAUCCAGACACGUUUGUAUAGCAAGAGAGUGUUUACUUAUUUCCUGUAACAUUUGUCUAAGGACUUUUGUGUGCCUUUUUUACUAUUGUCCUUACAGCUGUUUGUUUUUUAAUUUAUUGAACACUCUCAUAUGUCUGUGAAUUUGUUUUUCUUAUCUGAAUUAGCAAUUUUUUUUUUCUAUGUUUAAGAGAGAACAGUCUUCCAUGUAUUGGGCAAUAGAGAAAAUCCAAACAUCUCUUGGACAACCUCAUGUGUCUACGUGGAGAAACACACACACAAACUACAUUCUACAAACACUUUCAUCACAUUUAAAUUGAUCUGUUCACCGUUCAUGUUGAAUUUUAGUUAAAUUCCCACACAUUUUCCAAUUUCCACGGUCUGCAGACCAUUGGAGCUUCCUACCUUUUCACACCAAACACUGAAUGCAAUACUAGCAUGACAUGUUUUCAUGUAUUUCUGUUCAUCAGUAUGUGUGAAAAAUAAUGGUGUUUUUCAAUAGUGUUUUUGUGUUUGUGUGAAAAGAAAGCAGAAAUCAAAACAAGGCCUUAGAGUUCAUCAAAUGGAUUCUUAUAUAAACGUUUGAUUUUAAAAAAAAAAAUCAUAUUUGAAGUCUGCCAAAGACAAAUAAAUGCACAAGAGAUUUUUUUUUAACUUUUAGCCCACAGUUAUAUGCUGCAGUCCUAAAAAUCCUGUUAGUUUGAACCAGUCUUGAAAGCAGACCCACACCAGAUGAUUUAACGCUGCCCUCUGAUCCUAAUCAGUGCCACCAUCCACAGUUUACAAACCUAUCUCAGCUGCAUCAACACAAACCCAAAACACUUUGGGUCUGAUGUUUUUUUUUCCUCCCAUUUGACAAAAAAUUCCCCCGGAGCUCCUUCUGCCCAAUGACGUCAAUGCAUAUUUUCCAUCCUGGCUGUAUCGGGUUUCCAGGACACUUGGGUUGUUAGUGUUUGACAGAGAUGAAACUGCCGGAAUAAUCUUGGCAGUCACUGCCCUUCUGGGAGUAAAGGAGGAAUCUAGAUGCUCUACUUUUAACACAAACCAAACAGCGCUCGUUCUGGUUCAUUCACGACUGCGUCGAGGAAGCUGGGUCGAAAAUGGUUUGCAGACCUCUCAACCAAAAAAUUUCCACACAUUCAAAAAUGGCAUUUUCAAUCACUUUCUCCCCCUCGUGUUAGCUCAUGUUAGCGUACGGAAACACUCCGCGGUACUCCAUCUGACUUUACCCCCCGUAUGCUAAAAAGUGGCAAUCGUUUGUAUGUAAGUCCAGACGGAUGUUUGUGUUUUUUUAUUACGUGUGUAUGUACGCGUGACUGUGUGUGUGUGACUGACUGACUGUCACCAAGCCUUACCCCCCUCAGCCCCCCCCCUCCCCCAGAUCACUCCACACACAUUUGUCGCUACUGCUCAAGUCGGUCCUUUUUGCUGUUUAUAACAGUGUGUAUUUAUUCUAUACUUUAAGCUUGUAAAUAAGAAAUACUAGUCCAGUGUAAAAUCUAUUUUAAUUUAUAUUAUUAUGCACUUGCAUUACCUGGAAGUGGUGGUGUCUAAUGUGUAGAAGACUCUGAGUUUGAGUCUCUUUUUAUAGCUAUUAUACAUAUAGUUAUAUACAGGUUUCUUUAUAUAUAUAUACAGAUAUAUAUAUGUAUGUACAUAUAUAUGUACAUAUAUAUAUGUAUUUCCCUUAAGAGCAGCAGCUAUCCAUGAUGUUGUCACAUGAGAACCUUGUAACUCUAAACAAUGUUUUAGGACAAUAUGAAAAAUAACUGUAUGCAUGAAUAUUAAACCAAAAACUGUCUUAACUUUAAGCACCAGUUAGAAAGAUCUUCAUUCAACGUCUCGCUCUCGUACGCAGUGUCGAUUCAAGUCCAACUGAUUCUCCUUGUUUAAUUUGUGUUCAAACUGUUGGAGUAAGGCGACCACAUUCAUUAUAAUCUGAAUGACUCUGUUCUGCUGGUUUUAAAAACCGCGGCAGUUGAGUUUUUGAAGUACAAGGUUUUCGUCUGACAGCGAUAAUUUGGUGACCCAGAUGAAACACAGAGGACAUGAUGAAACGCACAGGCCUGAACGCAAGACAGAGGUUAGCGUGGGUUAGCGUGCCGUGCUACAUACAAGUACAAGUACACCUAUGACUAGCUCAUCACUGAAGGUCGAGAUGUGCCCAGAAACAGAAUGGACAAUAAACCCAGGGCUGUUUUUUUAUUUUUAUUUUAUUUUUACACUUAAACACCUUGUGUAAAACUAGAUAAGACAGUUAAUGUUAACUUACUGGUAGCAUGAGUCCUUCAGAAUUAACACAUGAUCUUACUGUACCUGAUUGUGAUAAUCUGUGAACUCUUUCUGACCAAACUUGUUACUAGUUCUGGAGAAUUCAAAUUUGUUCGGCAUUAAGUUUUAUUUUUUAUCUAUCUUCAAGCUUUUCUCAGUCCUAGUUGAGUCUCAAUGGUUAGCCAGAGUUAGCACUGCAUGACAGAUGGGGUUUUCUUAAUUGUCAAUAAUAUGUUAAAGGUCCACCGGUUAUUACAGGUGGCCUCUUCAAUGUUUCACACAAUGUAUGGUAUGAUAUUGUAUAUUGUGUUCCAAAAUAAAUCUGAAAUACCUUUUUCUAUGAUGUGAUUAAAAUCUAAAGCAUGGA